AUGAGUAAGAUAGGGAGGUCCCGUUACCAGGUGGUGUAUACUCGGGCGGUGAUUGGGGAAAAUGGGUUGUUGAUCAAGGACCAGUGUUCUGGGCCGUCAAGACACUCUCCUGGGUUUGUGGACAAUGGUCGAUAUAAUGGUGGGGCCGGAUCGGGAGCAGGUUCUGGGGCAGGAGCGUAUAAUGACGAUGACGACGAUGACGACGACGACUCUCCCAGCUUGCAGUCGAGCUCUGUGUUUGAGACUACGUCUUUGAUCAGCUGCGUUACUUGUAUAAGCGAUGUUGAAUCAAGGGACGAAAAUGAGUCUUUGCUGCUGCCAUCGAAUACGGUGAUUCCGUACGCUAAGAUUCUCGACGUUUCCAAUGUCGAUGAUGCAGAUCUCGGUGGUGGGAGCGGGGUAGGGGGCGUUGCCAACGAGUCGCCUUGGCCGGAACACACGGCCCUAAUCGAGGUUACUUUCGCGAAACCAAGAAGGAACUACCUUGUGCCGAAAAAGAUCAAGCUAAGAGUCGAUACGUCGACCUUGCCCAAUAUGGGCACCGAUAUCGCGGAGGAAAUCUUGAACAGAAGUUACAAAAAUACAAAGAGAAAGAAGUCUAUACUGGUGAUAGUGAAUCCUCAUGGGGGCAAGGGUAAGGCCAAUAAGCUAUUUUUAUCCAAGGCCCAGCCGCUUCUCGUAGCAAGUGGUUGCAAAGUCGUCGUCAAAGAAACAACAUAUCACUUACAUGCUGUUGACAUCGCUAAAAAUAUAGACAUAGAUGAGUACGACGUCAUUGCUUGUGCUUCCGGUGACGGUAUCCCUCACGAAGUGAUGAACGGUUUGUUCAUGAGACCAGACCGUGUCAAGGCUUUCCAGAAAUUGGCCAUUACCCAACUACCAUGUGGUUCAGGUAAUGCCAUGAGUAUCUCGUGUCACGGCACAAGCAACCCUUCUUACGCGGCCUUAGCGUUACUAAAAUCCGUUGAGGCUCGGGUAGAUGUGAUGUGUUGUUCACAACCCUCAUAUGCAAACCAGCCUAGACUCUCCUUCUUGAGUCAAACGUAUGGGAUCAUCGCAGAAUCUGAUAUCAACACGGAAUUUAUCAGAUUUCUCGGUCCGGCUAGGUUUGAACUAGGUGUUACUUUGAAUGUGUUGCAGCGGAAAAAAUAUCCCUGCGAUAUAUACGUAAAAUAUGCCGCUAAGAGCAAGAACGACCUCAAGGACCACUACUUGGAACACAAGGACAGAUUGAAUAAUUUGAAAAAUGAUUUGGAAGCCGUUAGUGGUUCUACGCUUGAUGUUCCAUCGUUAUCCAAAAAUUCGAAUUUAGACGAUGUCGUCCUCACCGAUGACUCUUUCAAAUUAAAGUGGCCAUUGUCCGAUGACGUCCCUGAAGAUUGGGAAAGGAUCGAUCCGGCAUUGACUCACAACUUGGGGAUAUUGUAUACAGGCAAAAUGCCAUACAUUGCACCAGACACAAAAUUCUUCCCAGCAGCAUUGCCCGACGACGGUACAAUGGAUUUUGUCCUGACGGAUUCUCGGACCCCACUUACUAGAAUUGCUCCAAUUUUAAUGUCAUUGGAUAGAGGUACUCAUGUUUUACAGCCCGAAGUGGAGCAUUCCAAGAUCCUAGCUUUCAAGCUUAUUCCCUAUGCCAAAAACAGUGUCAUAUCUGUUGAUGGUGAGAACUUUCCUUAUGAGACGUUGCAAGUUGAAGUGUUACCAAAACUUGUUAAAACUUUGUUAAAAAACGGAAGCUAUGUCGAAACUGACUUUGAAUCAAUGUGA